AUGAGCACGACCCCAACCCCAGCAGGCGACAAAGCCUUGCACAAUUUCCGCAUCCCGGAAAUCCACCAACCCCUACACAACAGCAUUCCGCCUUCGCUACUCCCCCGCUUCGACCCGAUCUACGUCCAAUACUACAACGCCUUCAACGCCGGACGACUACACACCCACGAAGUGCCCAUCGAAGAGUACCGCCACAACCCGGGCAAGUACGCCAUCAGUUACGGCCGAGCCCCCGGCCCACGCAUCUUCCGCAUCACAGAGCAGAAAUGUCCUGUCACCGGGGGCGGGGAGAUCACGAUCCGCAUCUUUGAGCCUGCGCCUAAGCCAGACCAGAAGAAAAGAGCGGCCUAUGUUAAUUUCCAUGGCGGUGGAUGGGUGUUUGGUGGCCUUGCCUUUGAUCACGACUUCUGUAAACGGCUCGUCAACCGUCUGGAUGGCGAUCUCGUCGCCUUUGAUGUGGAUUACCGGCUCGCCCCCGAGCACCGGUAUCCCACUGCCAUAGACGAUUGCUGGGCGGCAUUCAAUUGGGCAGCCGAGCUGAACCUUGACCGCGAUCGCUUCGCCGUCGGCGGCGUCUCAGCCGGAGGCCAUCUCUCCGCCGUCAUCAGCCAUCUCUGCCGCGAUGCGCACAUCCCGCUGCGACUGCAAAUCCUGACGGUCCCCGUGUGCGACCUGCACAGCGUGUUCACCCCGAACGGCGACUUCGACCGUGCUAACUGCCCCUACGAGUCCUACCGCGAGAUGGAGUUUGCGCCUGCCCUUCCCGCAGCGCGCAUGGCGUACUUCCAUCGCCAUUUCCUGGGCGAGACUCGUCCGGCAGCCUCGGACGAGAUUUCACCCAUGCGCGCGACCAACAUGGCUAAUCUGGCUCCGGCCCUGGUGCACACGGCCGAACUGGAUCCCCUGCGCGACGAGGGCGAGGCGUACGCACGCAAGCUGGAGGAGGCAGGCAAUCGCGUGGAGUUGAUUCGGGUGCCGGGAGUGCCGCACACAUUCCCGAUCCUGGACGGGAUUCUCAAGGGCGGCAGACGGUACAAUGCGACGGUGGUGGAAGUGCUGCAACGAGAACUACAGGGAGAGUAA